CAUAGAUAACUACCUAUAAAAAUAUUGUAUUGUGUUGCAUUGAAUUGAACUACCUAACAAAGUGGCUAAAAUCUACUUUCUAAACAGAAUAUUUUUACUAAAUCUUGUCAUUGAAUAAUAUUUGCACUAAGCAGAAAAACAUAAACUUGCGACCAUGGGUAAACGACAGCAUCAAAAGGAUAAAAUGUACUUAACGUACACCGAAUGGACAACAUUGUACGGUGGUAAAAGAUCGGGUACAUCAGUGGAAGAAGACACAUCAUUCAAAAGGCUCCCAUAUGAUCAUUGUUGUUUAUGUUUACAACCCUUUGAGCAACCUUAUUGCGACGCUGAUGGGAAUGUGUUUGAGUUGCAGGCCAUAAUUGAGUUUGCGAAAAAAUUUAAAAUCAACCCAGUGACUGGCAAGAAAAUCGAUUUAAAAGGCUUAAUAAAGUUAAAUUUUUUCAAAAAUGCAAAAGAUGAACACCACUGUCCAGUAUUGUUCAAACCAUUCACAAAAAACUCCCACAUUGUUGCAAUUCGUACAAGUGGUAAUGUCUAUUGCUAUGAAGCCGUGGAACAGCUCAAUAUUAAGGGAAAGAACUGGAAAGACCUCAUUGAUGAUACACCAUUUGUGCGGAAUGAUAUAAUAACAAUACAAGAUCCAAAUAACCUAGAAAAAUUCAAUAUUUCUAAAUUUCAUCACAUAAAAAAUAAUUUGAGGGUGGAAACAGAAGAGGAAAUAGCUUUAAGAAAAGACCCACAUGCGAGACUAAAAACAGUGUCAUCUGAAACAAAAGAAAUUCUACAAGAGUUAGAGAAAGAAUACAAGGCACCAGAAGCAAAGGAAUCUAAAAAAGAGGUGGCUGAUAAAUUUAAUGCUGCUCACUACUCAACUGGCAUGGUGGCAGCAAGCUUCACAUCCACAGCAAUGGUACCAGAGACAAAACACGAAGCUGCUAUCAUAUGUGAAGAUGAGGUCAAAUAUGAGAGGGUUAAGAAGAAAGGAUAUGUAAGAUUGGUGACAAAUCUGGGACAGCUAAAUUUUGAGUUACAUUGUGAUAUGACCCCAAAAACAUGUGACAACUUCAUCAAACUCUGUCUUAAUGGAUAUUAUAAUGGAACAAAGUUUCACAGAUCUAUAAGGAAUUUUAUGAUUCAAGGUGGCGACCCAACUGGUACAGGUUUAGGCGGAGAAUCGAUAUGGAAGAAAGCAUUUGAAGAUGAAAUAAAACCAAACUUGCAUCACACUGGCCGUGGUGUACUUUCAAUGGCUAAUUCGGGACCCAACACAAAUGGCUCACAGUUUUUCAUAACAUUUCGAUCAUGCAAACAACUUGAUGGUAAACACACAAUAUUUGGCAAACUAGUUGGUGGAUUAGAUACACUGGGUGCUAUGGAGCAAAUAGAGGUAGACAAUAAGGAUCAACCCAUCCAUGAUAUUGUUAUAGAAGUGGCUCAGGUGUUUGUUGAUCCAUUUGCUGAAGCUGAGGAACAGCUUGCUGUAGAAAGGGCCGAAGAGUUAAAGAGGCAAGCUGAAGCAGAGAGCCAAGGUAUAAAACCAAAGAAAGCCAACAAACAGCCCUUGAAAGUGUUUCGGGAAGGUGUCGGAAAGUAUCUGAACUUACAAGAACUAACAGAAACAAAUAAAAGCAGUAAAUCACAGGAGGUACCUGCUAAAAAGACGAAGAAGGAUAAGAAAGCAGGCUUUGGUAGUUUUGACUCGUGGUAAAUUUUAGUUAAUCAAAUGUAUAAUAAAAGCAUCAAAUGUU